AUGCCUCGAUACCCCGAAGUAAUUUGUGUACUUGGGGGUUAUGACUGCAGUUCAAAGAAACGCCUCUCCGAUAUUACCUGCGUUUCACUUGAUUUUAACUCCAGAUGGCAGCCAUGGCAAAUGGGCCAGCUUCCAAAUGGGGAGGCAUUGUCUUUAGCAUCCGCACUUGUUGCGGAGGAUGGACGUAUCUAUUUCAUCGGUGGCUGGAGACAAGAUGAUACAGUUUCAUCCAGCACAUUCAUAUACGAGAUAUCUUCAUCCCGUUGGUCGAUUGGACCAAGGCUUAAUAUGUGCAGAUGUCUGUUUGGAAUUUGCAUUGUUGGUUGGAAAAUUUACGUUAUUGGUGGAUGGGGCAGCAAGAAUGGAAUUUCCCCGCGUAAGCUAUAA